CAUCCAGCUCCCUGCAGCCAACACUCGACUUCCAUGGUACACUUGGUCAAUCUACCUUGAUGCAUCCUUGAAGAACCAGGGCUUGAAUUCCUCUUAAAAGAAAAAAGCUGCCCCUCCCCACUCAAGGCUUGAGAACCGUGGUGGAGGACCAGGAGGAGGAGGUGGAGGAGGGAAAAGAGGAGGGAAGGAGAUCAAGCUUCAAGAGGCAGCAUCCUUGUGCAUCUUGGUGGUGUGAGACCAGCACAGGCUGCGAACUCGUCCUCACCACAAUGGUCCGGCUCCUCCUGUUUUUCUUCCCAGCUAUCCUGUUAGAGAUGACUCUUUUCCCCAGAAGCCCCGAGAAGAAAGUGUUGCUGGCCGGUGCCUCCUCUCAGCGCUCUGUGGCCAGGAUGGAUGGAGAUGUCAUCAUCGGAGCCCUCUUCUCUGUCCAUCACCAGCCUCCUGCAGACAAGGUGCCUGAAAGGAAGUGUGGAGAGAUCAGGGAGCAAUAUGGCAUUCAGCGGGUGGAGGCUAUGUUCCACACGUUGGAUAAGAUCAACGCGGACCCUGUCCUCCUGCCCAACAUCACCCUGGGGAGUGAGAUCCGGGACUCCUGCUGGCACUCUUCCGUGGCUCUGGAGCAGAGCAUUGAGUUCAUCAGAGAUUCUCUGAUUUCCAUUAGAGAUGAGAAGGAUGGGCUCAACCGCUGCCUGCCUGAUGGUCAGACCCUCCCCCCGGGCAGGACUAAGAAACCUAUUGCAGGAGUGAUCGGCCCAGGCUCCAGCUCCGUAGCCAUCCAAGUCCAGAACCUUCUCCAACUGUUCGACAUCCCCCAGAUCGCGUAUUCCGCCACUAGCAUCGACCUGAGUGACAAAACUUUGUACAAAUACUUCCUGAGGGUUGUCCCUUCUGACACUUUACAGGCCAGGGCGAUGCUUGACAUAGUCAAGCGUUACAAUUGGACCUAUGUCUCUGCAGUCCACACGGAAGGGAAUUACGGGGAGAGUGGAAUGGACGCCUUCAAAGAACUGGCGGCUCAGGAAGGACUGUGCAUCGCCCACUCGGACAAGAUCUACAGCAACGCCGGGGAGAAGAGCUUCGACCGCCUCCUGCGCAAGCUCCGCGAGCGGCUGCCCAAGGCCAGAGUGGUGGUGUGCUUCUGCGAGGGCAUGACCGUGCGCGGCCUCCUGAGCGCCAUGAGGCGCCUGGGCGUCGUGGGCGAGUUCUCCCUCAUCGGAAGUGAUGGAUGGGCAGACAGAGAUGAAGUCAUCGAAGGUUACGAGGUGGAAGCCAACGGAGGAAUCACCAUAAAGCUGCAGUCUCCAGAGGUCAGGUCCUUUGAUGAUUAUUUCCUGAAACUGAGGCUGGACACAAAUACAAGAAAUCCCUGGUUCCCUGAGUUCUGGCAACACCGUUUCCAGUGUCGUCUACCGGGACAUCUUCUGGAAAAUCCCAACUUCAAAAAAGUCUGCACAGGCAAUGAAAGCUUAGAAGAAAACUACGUCCAGGACAGUAAGAUGGGGUUUGUCAUCAAUGCCAUCUAUGCCAUGGCACAUGGUCUGCAGAACAUGCACCAUGCCCUCUGCCCUGGCCACGUGGGCCUCUGUGAUGCUAUGAAGCCUAUCGAUGGCCGUAAACUCCUGGACUUCCUCAUCAAGUCCUCAUUCAUCGGCGUGUCUGGAGAGGAGGUGUGGUUUGACGAGAAGGGGGAUGCUCCAGGAAGGUAUGACAUCAUGAAUCUUCAGUACACUGAAGCUAAUCGCUAUGACUAUGUACAUGUGGGAACCUGGCAUGAAGGAGUGUUGAACAUUGAUGAUUACAAAAUCCAGAUGAACAAAAGUGGAAUGGUGCGUUCUGUGUGCAGUGAGCCUUGCUUGAAAGGCCAGAUUAAGGUCAUACGGAAAGGAGAAGUGAGCUGCUGUUGGAUCUGCACAGCCUGCAAAGAGAAUGAGUUUGUGCAAGACGAGUUCACCUGCAGAGCCUGUGACCUGGGGUGGUGGCCCAGCGCAGAUCUGACAGGCUGUGAACCCAUUCCUGUCCGCUACCUCGAGUGGAGCAACAUCGAAUCCAUCAUCGCCAUCGCCUUCUCUUGUCUGGGCAUCCUCGUCACCCUGUUUGUGACUCUCAUCUUUGUGCUAUACCGAGAUACACCUGUGGUCAAAUCCUCCAGUCGCGAGCUCUGCUACAUCAUCUUAGCCGGCAUCUUCCUUGGUUAUGUGUGUCCGUUCACUCUCAUUGCCAAACCAACGACCACGUCCUGCUACCUCCAGCGCCUCCUGGUUGGCCUGUCCUCCGCCAUGUGCUACUCUGCUUUGGUGACCAAAACCAAUCGCAUUGCCCGCAUCCUGGCAGGCAGCAAGAAGAAAAUCUGCACCCGGAAGCCCAGGUUCAUGAGCGCCUGGGCCCAGGUGAUCAUUGCUUCCAUUCUCAUUAGCGUGCAGCUCACCCUGGUGGUCACCUUGAUCAUCAUGGAACCUCCUAUGCCCAUUCUGUCCUACCCAAGCAUCAAGGAAGUCUACCUGAUCUGCAAUACCAGCAACCUGGGCGUGGUGGCCCCCGUGGGCUACAAUGGGCUCCUCAUCAUGAGCUGUACCUACUAUGCCUUCAAGACCCGCAACGUGCCCGCCAACUUCAACGAGGCCAAGUACAUCGCCUUCACCAUGUACACCACCUGCAUCAUCUGGCUAGCUUUCGUGCCCAUUUACUUUGGGAGCAACUACAAGAUCAUCACCACCUGCUUCGCAGUGAGUCUCAGCGUCACGGUGGCGCUGGGGUGCAUGUUCACGCCCAAGAUGUACAUCAUCAUUGCCAAGCCCGAGAGGAAUGUCCGCAGUGCCUUCACCACCUCGGACGUGGUCCGCAUGCACGUCGGCGAUGGCAAGCUGCCCUGCCGCUCCAACACCUUCCUCAACAUUUUCCGAAGGAAGAAGCCAGGGGCAGGAAAUGCCAAUGCGAAUGGCAAGUCUGUGUCGUGGUGUGAGCCGGGAGGAAGGCAGGGGCCCAAGGGACAGCACAUGUGGCACCGCCUCUCCGUGCACGUGAAGACCAGCGAGACGGCCUGCAACCAGACGGCCGUCAUCAAGCCCCUCACCAAAAGUUACCAAGGCUCGGGCAAGAGCUUGACCUUCUCCGAUACCAGCACCAAGACCCUUUGCAACGUGGAGGAGGAGGGCGACGCGGGGCCCGGCGGCUUCGGCCCCAGCAGCCCUUCCAUGGUGGUGCACCGCCGCGCGCCCCCCGCCGCCGCCGCCACGCCGCCCCUGCCCCCCCACCUGACCGCCGAGGACACCCCCCUCUUCCUGGCCGACCCGGCCGUGCCCCAGGGCCUGCCCCCGCCCCUCCACGAGCAGCAGCAGCAGCAGCAGCAGAAAUCCCUGAUGGAGCACAUCCAGGGAGUGGUCACUAACUUGGGCCCCGGGAUCCCCGACUUCCAGGCGGCCGUGCUGGCGGGUCCUGGGGGCCCCGGGAACGGGCUGCGGUCGUUGUACCCCCCGCCACCCCCACAGCAGCUGCAAAUGCUGCCCCUGCAGCUGAGCUCCUUUGGGGACGAGCCUGCGUCGCCCUCCGCCGAGGACGAGGAGGACGACGAGGAGGAGGAGGAGGACAGCGAGAGGUUCAAGCUGCUCCAGGAGUACGUGUACGAGCGCGAAGGCAACACGGAGGAAGACGAGCUGGAAGAGGAAGAGGAGGACCCGCAGGCGGCCAGCAAGGGGACCCCCGAGGAUUCACCCGCCCUGACGCCGCCAUCACCUUUCCGAGACUCUGUGGCCUCGGGCAGCUCGGUGCCCAGCUCCCCCGUGUCCGAGUCGGUGCUCUGCACCCCUCCCAAUGUGAGCUACGCCUCGGUCAUCCUGAGAGACUACAAGCAAAGCUCGUCCACGCUGUGAGCAGAGGGCCUCUGCACGGAGAAGCCAGAAGAGGCGCAGAGCUCUGACCCCUCCGGAGAGAUGGGCUGAAGGCCAGGAGGAGAGGCCUGGAACGGAGGCCCAAGGGGAAGAGAAGGCUGCAG